AUGAAACCUACUUUAUCUAGAAGCAAGAAAGAUUCAACUUCCUCAUCGGCAACUAAUAGGUCAUCGACAAUAUGGUCUAAAGAUGGAGGAUGCCCUUUUGGAACUAUUCCUGUUAAGAGAAUUACAAGGGAUGAUCUUAUAAGAUUAAGACGUAUACCCCAGCCAGAAGAUGUCCCAUUCGAAGAUGAAUAUGAUAUUGUUGCAAUAGCUCGGGUUCCAUAUAAUCCAAAUAGCAAGUUUGCGGGAGCUGGAAUGGAUACUGCUUUGUACAAUCCUCAAGUUAAAGGACAACAACAUAGUGGAUCUCGACUAAAAAUUCAAAAAGGAUCAGAUAUCUUACAAGUUGGUUGGAGAGUGGACCCAACGUUAUACGGAGAUACUAGUACUAGGCUUUUUAUACAUUUUCAGGCUGGUAAAAUUCAUUGCUUCAAUACACUAUGUCCCGGCUUUGUACAUGUAAACAAGGACAUACCGCUUGAUGGUUCAUUCAUGGAGACUAUUUCACACCGUGGAGGGGACCCUUGGGGUGCUAAAAUGUACAUUGAUCGGGACUUAGACAGUGGAAACUGGUGGUUUUUAAUGACCAAAAGCUUUGUACGAGUAGGUUUCUGGCCACAAAGUCUCUUCACCGACUUGAAAAGUUUUGCAACGAACGUUGAUUGGGGAGGAGUUGUAUAUAGUCCACCAGGUGUACCGGAACCUCCGAUGGGCUCAAGCUAUUUUCCUAUUGAUAACUCUGCCUAUGAUGCUUAUUGUUCUGGAGUUACAAUUUUCAACGAGAAAGGAAAAUCAAUUGAAGUAGAUAAAACAAUCACACAUACAGAUAAUCCUAAUAUGUACAAAGUUGAAUUUAUACAACUUUUUGAUGAUGCAGAUCAGAUGUAUUUUGUUCUUUAUGGGGGACCGGGUGAAAGUACACAUGUUUAG